AUGGUUCGGCUGCUGCUGCGCAUGCGAGCGGAGCUUGAAAAUGUCGAAUUGAUUGAAUUCCCAGAGGAUUACACCUGGAAUGUAGACGUAGUACAGGCUGGAGGGACAGAAGAAAGAAAAGGCAUAACUUUGUCUGCAGCAGAGACAGUCGAUAUACCCAACAGCAGAGGCAAACAAGCUGCAACAAUUAACGUCGAACAACUUAAAGGCGUGACAAGGCCAUACACUGCAGCAGACAGCGGCAACUUCGUCCCCAUCGUAUGCUUCGAAUGCAGAGGGUGUGCUUCUUCAUGCAGCAGCAGCAGCACCAGCAGCAGCAGCAGCAGCAGCAGUAGCAGCAGCAUCAAGUGUAGCACCAGCAAUAGCAAGAGCAGCAUUAGCAGCAUCAGCAGCAAUAGCAGCACCAGCAGCAAUAGCAGCAGUAGCAGGAACAGCAAUAGAAACAGCAGCAAUAGCAGCAGCAGCAGUAGCAACAGCAGCAACAAGGGUAGCAGAAACAGCACCAGGACCAAUAGCAGGCAGCAGCAGCCCAACUCCUAG